AAUAAACUCACCAACUGGGGAAGUGAACGACACAUCAUCUGCUGCGACUAUCAUAGAGAGAGAGUUCGCAUGUCGUCUUUGUUUUCCAUCGGUGAGGACGAGCUGGACCUCGAUGAUGAGGAUUGUUUGUUAGCAGUAUGCAAGGGAGAGAGCACUGUGGACUCUAUUGCAGAUAAUUCUAAGAAAAAUACAAAUUCAAACCAAAACCGGCCAUUUACAAAUACAAAAGCACUCUUGAGGACAAAAGAAGUGGAGAAUUUCAAUAAUUACUACUCACGGAGGCCAUUUGAAUCUCUCAAUAACCGAGACAAUUUUGAUAGAGUUGUUGAGAAGAACACACAUGUAACUUCCAUAGAACGAUUACGCAAAGGUGCAUCUUUUACAGACACAGCAGACUGUCAAGGGAAUAUUGCUGCUGCAGUGGGUAAUGGAUGUACUGAACCCUUGGCAAAGAGAUUUGCAAUAGAUCAAAUAUCAGUGUCUAAAACUCUGUCUGAAAAUAGAACCAGCUUGUCACAUUCAAUUAAUGCACCAGCAGCCCAGAACAUUUGCAGUUCCUCCACAUUCCUGCACCAUGCCGCAUUGAGAGAUUCUUGUAAUUUUGGACAGCAAAACUUUGGAUCUAAUUCAGCAUUGCUUGAAACUGGUAAAAGAAAGGAUCUUUCUCAUAAUAACUCUUCCAAGUGUAAUCUUGCCUCAAGCUUCUCUACCAAGAAAGGAAUUCCUGGAGAUAACCAGGGUUCUUUGAACAGUCUUGGAAAAGUACCAUUUCAUGGUGGAAAUGUUACAAAUUCUGUUACCAGUACUUCUGCUUUACAGCAGAGAUGGUCCCCAAGAAGCUCACCUGUAAUGAAUUAUGAAACAAAGGGUUUUCCUAAGCAAGUGAACAGAACAAACUCACCAUUGUGCAACCAGUCUGUAGGGAACAUGUCCUUCAGCCUCAACAAAGACAUGAUAGGGAAUAAAGCCCCUGAAACUCCUCAGAUGCGCAGAACUUUGGAAGUUGCAGGCCUUAGUACACCACGCACUCACCAAACUAUUACACCAGCUGUAGGCAAGACAGAUGCAAGAACUCCAUUUAGUGGCAAAACCCCACAGGCACGAAAAUUUCCAGGACCUGCUGGGCUUCUACCAAAACUGAGUCCUGGUCAAAAUCUGGAUGAUUCAUCUGUUGUCUCACCACUUCCUUCCAUGAGAAAAAAGUCUCCAACUGAAAACAAAGUGCAAGCUUCUCAGUCAAAUACCUUAGAAGAUGAAGAUUUUAAUCAUGAUCCAUGGACUUUCAUGCACCAGGAAUUUAUAAAAA